GGAGAAGCCACUCCAUCUUUCUUUUUUCCUUUUCCUUUCUUCCUCCUCCUCCUCCUCCUCCUCCUCCUCCUCCUCUUCUCAUUCUGAUCUGGAGCGAUGGCAAUGGAAGAUGAAACACGAGAAGCAGCUGAUGGGACGGAAGUCCAAGUAGAAGCUGUUGAUUUAGGAACAGUCCAUUUUGAAGCACACCCAGAAGUUAAGCUUCCGUCUAUCAUGGAGAUCAAGAAUGUGGGAGAAGCCAUCGAUUCAACUGCAGGAACGUUGGAGAUUCCAGAGGACCAAGUUUUAGUAGAAGCACCCUCUGAACUCGAACUUCCUCCAGAACAUAAGCUAAAUGGCGAAGCAUCUUCUCCGAAUGGCCAUAUGGACAAAGAAGAGAAGAUUUCAAAUGCGCAGCUGCAUGAGAAUGAUCAGGAAGAAGCAGAACUAGAAGGGACAAGUGCCCAUCAGAGCAAUGGAAUCAAUAAAGAAGAGGUGACUGAUGGUUUAAGCCAUGGAGAAAGCACAACAGAACAUAGCAGCCUUCUGAAGCAUGAGAAAGAUGAAGAACCCAGGGAUGACCGACAAGAUUCAGAAGGUGUUACAGUGGAUGAUGACUUGGUUCAGGAAGACACACUGCAACCUGACAAUUCUAUUGAGCAGACAGAUGAUGGUCAGCGAGAUCAGAAUCAGGAGCCAGAAAAGGCAAACGAGGGCACACAACCUGCCAGCAUUGCAAACAAUGCCGAUAUUGAGGAAGCUGAGGCACCUACUGGAUUCCAAACUCCUGUGGAGCCACAUAUGGAUGAUUCUGGUGCUGUUCCAGUAACAAUUGAUGAAAAGAUAGAAAUGGAGGAACCAGCUAAGGCAGAUGAUGUUGUUCAUCCUGACCACAAAGAGAGCUUUCCAGAAGAAACAUCUAUUGCAGGACCUACAGAAGAGGUGGCCAAAAUGGAAGAUCCACAGAGCCAGCAAGCUGAUGCAGUGGAUGCAGAUGUGGUGCAGGAAGAGGUGCCUAAAUUUGAACAUGCUGAUGAGCCAGCAACCAAUGCUCAUGAAGUGCUGAAUCAAGAAUCUACUGAAGAAACUGAUGGCCCAGUGAAUGAAAAGACUGAAGAAACUGCGCACCAGAGUAACAUGGCAGUUCCUGAGGAGACAACACCAGAAAAUGACACAAUAACAGGGGAGCCACCUGUAAAUAUUCAAGUGCAGAACCAGGAAUCAGUAGAAAAAAUAAAAGAUGCUGAAGAAGUUGAUACUGGAGCAGCUAUGCAACAAAGCAGUGUUGCUUUUGACGAGGCAGUUCCAGAAGAUCAACAUAAUUUAGGUAUUACAAUGGAUGGUGACACCGUGCAGCAAGACACACUGGAAGCUAUUGAGCAAACAGAAGAUCCGCAAGGCCAGGAUCUAGAACCAGAAAAAGCAAAUGAGAACACACAACCUGCAACCAUGACAAACAUUCCUGAUGUUGAGGUUGUAUCUGAAGCACCUUCUGGAGUCCAAACUCCUGUGGAGAUCAAUCUGGACAACUCUGAUGCCAUUCCAGAUACUGCAGGUAGAAACACAGAAAACAGAUGAAUCAGCUAAAGCAGAAGGUACUACAGCAAUAAGCGAACCACAAAUGACUGAAACAGAAGAAGAACCG